UCCUCCGCAGAGACGUGACCUUCUCCACGGACCGGUGAUAAGAUGAACUCCAGCAACCUCUCCUCCUUCAGCCCGGCCGACAUGCCGACGCGCAUCGUUUUCGCGUCUGUCUACAGCCUGAUGUUCGUGGUGGGCUUGUUCCUCAACGGCUUCACGCUGAAGGUUUACUUCUGCGGCGUGCAGACGCAGCCCAGCGGCAGCAGCGUCACUGUCUACCUGAAGAACCUGGUGGUGGCCGACUUCCUGGUCAGCCUCUGCCUCCCGGUCCGCAUCGCCAUGCUGGCUGACGGCUCGACCCGGUUCCUUCUGCAGGCCCACUGCAACUUCGCCGCCGCAGCCUUCUACCUCAACAUGUACGCCAGCAUCAUGUUCAUGGGCUACAUCGCCGCUAACAGGUAUCUGAAGAUCGUCCGUCCUCUGGGAACUCACGUCCUGCAAAGGGUGCGAGCUGCUCGCAUCAUCGCCACGGUCACCUGGGGAUUCCUCCUGACUUUGACCGGCUCCUACAUCCUGCUGUCGGUCCUGAAGCAGGAUGGCCAGACUCCGGCCAACGCCACAGGACAGGUGGCCUGUGAGGAUCUCCAGAGCCCGGAGCAGAACCUGUUCUACAAGGUCGUCCACUGCUUCUCCGGGGCCAUCUUCCUGCUGGUCCUGGUCUCCCUGGUCUUCUUCUACCAUAGCACCUCCCGCCGGCUAGCGCAGCAGAAGCAGCUGGCCUCGUCUGGCUCCAGGAUGCUCAUCAAGUCCCGGAGGAAGAUGCUGGUCCUGGUCCUGGUCUUCUGCGUGUGCUUCGUGCCCUACCACCUGGUCCGACUCCCGUACGCCUUCGCCAGAACCCGCCUGAGCUCCUGGGGCCGGGGCUUCUUCUACCUAAAGGAGGUAACCGUGGUGCUGUCGGCCCUCAACGUCUGCCUGGACCCCCUCAUCUACUUCAUCUUCUGCCGGGCCUUCCGGGCCCAGAUGGGUCUGAGGAGGGUCUGCAGUACUACGCAGAUCCCCACGCCGGCCGGUACCACGAUGAGGAGGUCCAGCGACUGGCGGCUGUCCUCCUUCAGAUCACUCAAGAACCGCCUGUCCUCUGCAGCCCCCACCCCGAUGGUUGUACGGAGCUACAGGACCGGAGAGACCCCCCAGAUGCCCCCAAAGCUUUCUGCAGGUCUGGAUCCAGACCCUGGUGGUCACUAAAUGACCUGCAGGUCUCUAUCCGGACCCUAGUGGUCAAUAGAGGACCUGCAGGAUUCUCACUUGGUUCAGGCUCGUAAGAGACUCUUGGACUGUUUGGUCUUUUUUUUCUUUACACUUUAGCGACCCCAAGUGGUGGUAAAUCAUACUGCAGAAGUCUGAGGGACGUCAAACGUUUAUGAAGUAACUUUAAAUACAUCUGACUCACCAGCUGAUCCAAAACCACUUCUCUGCUCACCGGGAGUCUGCAGGGAAAUCCCAGGAAAUCAUCUUCAGAAGGUUUUCAUCUAAGAGCUGAAAACCUUUGAACCUUGACAAUAUGUAGCCAGAUGUGAACAGAUGUGACACGACAGAUAUUCAG